CCGAGCCAGGGUGUGCGUCAUUAGAAAGCGACUGGUGGGAGGGUGACAGUUGUGGCGACGCAGGCGGCGGGAUGGAAACGGUUUUCAUCCCGAGUGGGGAUUGUUGUGUAAAUCUGAAAGGUUACAUUCUCAUCAUGCCAGUUGUGUCUGUGGGUAAUGUUGGUCAGCUAACGGUGGAUCUGAUCAUUUCUACACUCACUUUGCCCCGGGUAGGUUAUAUCCACAGUGACUGCCUCCUUCCAGUGGUAGGAAACAAUCCAUACGCAACAACUUCUGAGAAUUCAGCAGAAAUGUGCAUCAGCUCUGAGGUUUAUGCAUCAGCAGAUCGGAAGUUGGCAGUCCUACAGAUUCGGUCCCCAAUUAUUCAGGGUAAACACCGCUCAUUCCGACAACAACUCCUUUCCUGGAUUAAAGAGAGUGAAUUCAGCAAAGUUGUGGCCCUGUCCAGCAGUUAUGCCUACCAUCGUGUUGACCAGCAGCUCGUUGGCACUCCUCUGCGAUAUUUGGCAACACCUGCUCUGCAGACCAUUGUGGGAGAUAAGUUCCAAAUCCUCAAAUGGAAAGAACUUGAACGGGUAGCGGCCUUCCCUGGGAUUAGUGAGGAACAAGAGAUCUAUAUCCCAGGAGGCGGCAUUACAAAAUCACUCUACAGUGACAGUUGCACUGAAGGAAUCCCACUGGCAGUGCUCCUGAUUUUCUGCUCUGAAGGGGAUAAUAUCCCUGAUGCAUUCAACCUUUUGAAUUUCCUGAACGAGUGGCUGGAGUUAAUAGAAAAAACAAGUGAUCAGAACACCAUUACACAGGCACAAUGGAAGAUCCCGAGUUCUUGGAGAUUAUUGUUUGGCAGUGGCAUUCCACCAGCUCUCUUCUAAUUCAGCAGAUCCAAACUGUAAGCUGACCUUAAAUAGGUUGAAGACGUGUUUACACUCAGAUGGCUUGUUGGUGAAUCAUUGACAUAAUGGCAAUAUGCUUUAAAAAAAAACUGCAGUAACCUGAAGAUCUAAAUUAGGUCCUGUAUCUAUACAUUUGCUGUUGAAACCAUCAUAAAAUAUUCAAUUCUAGAUAUGUGAACAGCUAAUCGUAAGAAGGCUUGAAUAGAAUUGACUUGUAAAAUUGUUAGUGAUGGUGUGUUUAAAAUGAGCAGGUGAUGUAUUUUAAAUGCUGUUAGUUUGCAAAUUUAGCUAUUAUGACUUUGCUGCCCUCAUCUAAGUUAUUAAUGUAAAUUGGAAAAAGUUGAGGCCCCAGCAGGAGUCCACUCGUCACAUUUUGCCAAUCAAAGACCCAUUUAUGUAUACUGUUUUCAGCCAGCCAACCAAUCUUCUUUCCAGGCUAAUAUGUUACCUCUUACACUAUGAACUUUUAUUUUCCGCAAUUAUGCUGGGAAGCAGUCGUACACCCUUAAAUAAGGAGACCAAAACUGCACACAGUAUUUGAGAUGUGGUUUCACCAAUGCCUUGUAAAAAUGAAGCAUAACAUCCUUAUUUUUACAUUCAAUUCCUCUUAUAAUAAAGGAUAGCAUUGCAUUAGCCUUCUUGAUUGCAUGCUGUACCUGCAUACUAACUUUUUGUGACGCAAGCACAAGAACAUCUGGAUCCCUCUGCACCUCGGAAUUUUGCAGUAGUUCUCCGUUUAAGUAACACCUUGCUUUUUAAUUCUUCCUGUCAAAGUGAACAACUUUACAUUUUCCCAAAUUAUACUGCAUCUGCCAGAUUUUUGCCCACUCACUCAAUUUACCUCUAUCAGUCUGCAAACUCCUUCUGUCGUCUUCACAAUGUACUUUCCUACUUAUCUUGGUAUCAUCUGCAAAUUUAGCUACUAUGCCUUCGCUCCCCUCAUCUAAGUCAUUGUAAUGAUUGAAACAUGAACAACUUUUGAUAGAGUGGAUAUAGAGAGAAUGUUUCCUCUUGUGGGGAAGAGCAAAACUAGAGGCCAUUAAUAUAAAAUAGUCACGAAGAGAUCCAAUGGGGAAUUCAGAAGCACCUGUUUAACCAAAAGAGCAGUGAGAAUAUGGAACUUGAUGCCACAGGGAAUGGUUGCACAAAUAGUAUGCAUUUAAAGAGAAGCUAGACAAGCACGAGGGAGAAGGGAGGGAUUUAGAUGAAAUAUGGGAGGCGGCUCAAGUGGCACAUAGACAUCUUAUGGACUGAAUGGCCUGUUUCUUUGCCUAUAUUUUGCACGAGAACCUUCAUUGUCAAAAGUUAUGCUGGGAAGCAGUUGUACUUUAAUGUUUAUUUUAAUGUACUUUAAGUCUCAAUUAAACCAGAGACAAGAUUUGAGAAUAUUGUUACUUUGUAAAAUAAAUAAAUAAAACACUUUCUUUACUCUUA